ACUUUGUGAGUCCCCCGAGAACAAUGGGAUUUUCCAAACCGAGAUUGAUCCUUUUACCAAUUUAUGGUUUGGGUGCGUUCCUCAUCGUGACUAUCUUUUAUGGGAAAGACGAUCCUAGAAUCUGGACGAAUACGUGGUAUAACGUUUCAAAUCCAAUACUCAAGAGAGAAAGCCAGAAUCGCGCAUCGCCCAUAAUUUCGACCAAAUGGAUAGUCGUAACUUCCAUAUCACCUCCGACCCAGCAGAUCGCCACGUUAUCAAAGAUCCACGGGUGGCAGCUUCUAGUCGUAGCCGAUCAAAAAACCCCGCUCGAUUGGAACGCUCCUGGCGCCAUCUUGCUCUCUGUCGAAGCCCAGCACAGUCUCGGCUACGGGAUAGUCUCACUUCUCCCCUGGAACUCCUACACACGGAAAAUGAUCGGGUAUCUCUACGCCAUUCAGCACGGGGCACAAUACAUUUACGACACCGAUGACGACAACGCGCCAAAUGAAGGGGUCGAAUUCGAAAAGGGAUUCGUCUUAACCGACACAAUGAAAGGUUUAACACUCAUUCCGCCCCAAGACCGGGGUAACUUGAUCAAUCCGUAUGUCCAUUUUGGCCAAAAAUCCAUCUGGCCACGUGGUUUUCCCCUGGACCAAGUUGGGGUCGGAUACAAUAACACGUACAAAUUGUGCGUCGUUCACACCCCGCUUAUUCAGCAAGGUCUCGUUAAUGGGGAUCCGGACGUCGACGCGGUUUACCGCCUUACCCAGAAAAGUGUCUAUUCACCCCUAAAUGUCAAGUUUGACGGGUUUGCGCCCCCACUAAUUUAUCCGGAAGGUCUCCUGGCCCCGUUCAACUCGCAGAAUACGUUAUUCCAUUACGCCGCAUUCUGGGGGAUGCUUCUCCCAACGACGGUAACGUUUCGGGUGACAGAUAUCUGGAGAGGGUACUGGGCUCAGAGAUUGUUGUGGGAGAUAGGUGGGACUUUGGCCUUUUUACCGCCCAGGACGACACAGAUUCGGAACAACCAUACCUAUCUAAAAGAUUUCGUCGAGGAGGACCAGAUGUAUAAAGAAUCCUCCAACUUCGCCAAACUUCUGACCGAAUGGAAAUGUCACGAAGAUUCCCUCUACUCUUGCAUCCUCUCCGUCACGAAGGUCAUGGUUGAUGCAGGUCUCAUAUCGGACGCUGACCUGACUUUGACCCACGCCUGGCUCGAUGACCUCAUUUCUAUCGGCUACGACCUUCCCGACCUUGUCCAUCGUCCGUCUCCUUGUAUCGACCGCUGGACCACGACCCAUGCCAUCUUCACCGGCCAGACGGAAGACGUUAAACCGGAAAUUGACACCAUUAAGGAGUCCACGUUAAGAAAAUUGUGUAAUCUAUCAGCUGUUUCUACAGAAAAUAGGACAGCUUCCGCCUUUCCGACGACUCUUCUCGUCGUCACGUAUAAUCAUCCCCACUACGACCAUAUGUGGAUCCUGGACGCCAUCUAUAGGCCGCAUUUCGCCAAUAUUUUGUACUGUGGCGCCCAACCAAAUUCGACCAACGCGUCAAUUGAUAGUAUCCUCGCCAGGGAGGAAUUCGUACGGUCUGGCGCCACCGGGAUUUCCUUUGUUUACGCGAAUGUCAACGCGGAUCCGGGAUCCUACCCGCCGGAACAUUCCCCCAACGGGGCGGGAGUUACGAAUGGUUUCUUCGUGUAUGAAUGUGCCAUUCGCGCAGUGGAAAUGGGGUAUCGUGACCUAACGGGGUACAUGGUUAUUGGGGACGAUGUCUUGUUUAACUUUUGGAAUAAUGGGAAAUAUGAUGCGAAUGAGGCGUGGCUGUAUCAUAAGUAUGCAGGAUUGCUGGAUACGGUUACUCCGGUUGGCUGGUGGUGGUGGCCGUACUCAAUUUUCGGGGUGAAUGCAACCAUCGCAGCGUUCAACGAAAUUUAUGAGGAUCACAAUCCCUACGUUGUGGCGUUUAGGGAACAACGAGAAUCCUUUGGAUACAAUAGGACAACAGCGAUGUACGGAUGGACUGAUGCGUACUAUUUUCCUGCAGCGAAGAGUGAAAUGCUCUACGAGGUUGGUGUUAUCUUACGCGAAAACAUCGUCUUCUUGGAAAUCGUGGUCCCUUUCUGGUUGAACGGGUUAUCGUCGCCUGAGAAAUUUGUCAUUCUUCCAGGAGCAUAUAAUGGAGGAUACGGUUCCGCCGCGAGGGACCAUCCCUUCGAUUAUUACAAGGUCGAGGAAUCAUUCAUGCAUUCCGUCAAACUGAGCGGAGUUAUAACUAAUGCGACACUAAGGGGAUUAUAUUGCCACAACUUUAUUGAGGAGGUUCUCAAGUAUUCACCGGUUUAUUGACGUCAAUUCCGCAACAUUCUUACAUGAAUGUGUAUAAUUUUAUGAUGAUAUAUUUAGUUUACUUAAUUUUAUGUCCGAUACAAAUGAGGGAAUUGAUAAGGAAUUAAAAAUAUGUAUCUUAACAAGUCAACUAACGGCAUAUACAUA